GUCAACGUUCAACACGCUACUUGGCUUUAAUCGAUAAGACGAAAUGUGCAGUCUAACGAGUGCGAAGAAAGCGAUGAAAAGGGAGCGGUUGCUACAAACAAAGUAAAUUACAAGUUAUAGACGAAUACAAUAAAAGAAACAGAAAUAACGAGCCGAAGGUAGACGAUACRUACAAACGUUGUAUGACUAGGAAGCUAAGGAACGCGUAAAAGGAAAACGGCAGGGCGGUAAAUGAAACGAGAUGACAGUAGCGUCGCGAUGAAAAUGUACAAAUAAACUAGAAAGACGCAUACAGAAGGGGACUGAAACAAAACAAAGUUAAGCGAAAAAACUUAACAGAAUAUCGAUAAUGUGAAAGCGAGAUAAACGAAAAGAAUGCGAUGAUCACGAAAGAAUGCACGCACAGACGGAAAAAAUAACAAAGAAUUAAAUGCGGCUGCAACACUAACAUCUCAAAGUUAGAACUUCCUCGAUAGACUACACCUUUUGAAGGAAAAGUGUCAGAAAUAUGAUGUACUUUUGAAUUACUUUUCAAAGUAGGAAAUUGUCUCUAAUGCUUAAUAUGUAAAUUUUAUUUUGUUAAUUCCCAAAAGUGUGGGGAAGUUCUCAACCGCGGAAAAGCUGGCUGCUUUAACAGAUGUUGCAAAAAUAAUCCUUGCUUUCAAGGAGGGACCUGUGAGGAGAUUUGUGACCCCACCACAGUGAGGUUCAACUGCACAUGCCGGAACGGCUACACCGGUCAGCGAUGCGAGCAAAUAGAACACCCUCGGAGCUGCAAAGAUCUGGCAACAAAUGGCGCCAAAGCAUCUGGAAUGAACAAUGUUUACGAUUCCGAAAAAAGAUCAUUUCAAAUUUACUGCGAUUUUGAUUCCGAAGUUGGCCGUGUUUGGACGCUUAUACAAUCUUUCUCUUACGAAAACAACGGCCUGUUUAAGUAUAAAAGAUUUGGUGUUAACUCUCCUGUACAUGAAGAUGAUGCAAAGAUUAAUUGGAAAGCCUAUCGAUUGUCUUUGUCCCACAUGCGUUCAAUUGCCUCUGUAUCGACUCAUCUAAGAGCCACGUGCAACUUCCCGGAUGAAGGUCUUGUGUACACUGACUACGCACGCGCAAAGCUUGAAGGACAUGAUUUGUUUGGAAUCUGGCAAGCACAGUGUCGCUCUUAUGAGGUCAUGAACAUACGGGGUAUUGAGUGUAAGGAGUGCACUGUGGGAACCUGGCAGAUUGAACAUGAAAUGUGGCAUAUCAACAGUCAGUUUAGCAAAGGUGUUGCAGGAUGCGAGUUUGAUGGCGAAGCAGGUGCGGUUUUUGGUGAGCAGAACUUCGGGCUUUACUACGGAGUCAAUGGGAACUUCCGAUGCACAUCCAGCCUUAGUUCAACCACACAGCACUGGAUUGGAGGCGAAAUUUGAAAACAAUGAACACCGGCUAAAUUUCACUUCAUGAGAAGUGUGCCGUCACCAGUCACUUGGCAAGAGGUCGGUUAAUGAAUUUGUCCUAUGCAAAACAUGAAGACUGAGAGUUUCGCGUUUAAGAUAUAAUUGAAAUCACCCCACUCACUUUUUAUCACGCAUUUCACCUUGCCCAUGACACAUCACGCAUCUCGCGGCAUCACACACACGAUCAGCUCGCAUCACACUUCACGGAUGUAAAUAUGCACGUGAUUAGAAGCCAGUGAUCACGCACUGGUUAGCUAAUGGGCUGAUCAGAACAAAACUGAGCAAUCUUGCGCCAAAGGCAGUAUCAUGUAACUAGUGGCAAGGGUGGGAAAAUGUCCUUUGGCCAAAUCGUGACUGUUCUUGGUUUUGCUACUGAUUGGUUGAAACUAAGACCCCCUCCACAUUACGUCGGAGAAAUUUGAAAACUGAGGUUUCAAGCAGAAAAGGUAUCAAAUGUU